AUGACAGCUGCCACCCCCAUAGACUUGGCCACAUUCACGCACCCGCUGGUCCACCGCAUGGGUGACCAGUUCUGGUUCCACGAAGUUUCACCAGACGCGUUUCCAGGCCAGUCUUUUGGACUCCAGAUCGACUCCAUCUUGUACCACACCCAGUCGCCUUUCCAGGACAUCCUCAUCUUCCAUUCGACGUCGUACGGCAACGUGUUGGUGCUCAACGGCAUAGUUCAGUGCACAGAGCGUGACGAGUUUGCCUACCAAGAGCUCAUCACCCAUUUGCCCAUCAUGGCCCAUCCAGCCCCCAAAAAGGUGUUGGUGAUUGGAGGAGGCGACUGUGGUGUACUUCGUGAGCUUGUCAAGCACGUGGACGACGGCACAGUCGAGUCCAUAACCAUGGUGGAAAUCGACGACAUGGUCAUCAAGUUGCUGACGCAGUUCUUGCCCAACAUGGCACGGUUCCACAACCACCCCUCAGUAGAUCUCCGCAUCGAAGAUGGCUUCAAGUUCUUGAAGGAAACCACUGCCAAGUACGACGUCAUCAUCACCGACUCCUCGGACCCCGAGGGCCCAGCCGAGGAGUUUUUUCAGGAGUCCUAUUUCCAGUUGCUUCAGAAUGCGCUUGCUCCUGAGGGAGUGGUGAUUAUGCAAAGCAGCGAGAACAUCUGGCUCAACAUCGAGUACCUCCGUGGGCUUCUCGUCAAGGCCAAGGCUGUGUUUGCCAACGUGGACUACUGCCAGUGCUACAUGCCCUCUUACACUUCGGGACAGUUGGGGCUUGUGAUUGCCACCAACGACACCUCCAAGCGGUUGAGCCAGCCAUUGCGGACGUUCGACGAGCAGAAGGAACGCGCGUUGUUCAAGUACUACAGCGCAGACGUGCACCGGGUGUCGUUUGUGAUGCCCACUUGGGCCAAGGAAGUGUUGGGGAGAUAUCUGAACACGUGA